AUGGCUGCAUCUUGGCAUCCUCUGCACUCACAUUUGUCUUUCAUUUUCCCCGCUCCCACGCCCGGUCGCCCCGCCGGUGCAGCCGUCACCCACUUUGUUCCCUCUCCCAGGAAAGACGGCGUGCGCGUUCUCCGCAGCCUACGCGCGUCUACUUCUACCACUUGCUUCUCGUCGUCAUUAUCUUCUCCUAUUUCUCAUUCCUCACCUGAAGCUUCCUCAUCCAAUCUCGCUACUGUUUAUCCCAAGGUGUCGUCUCUUUCCAUUCCUUAUGUGAUCGGAAUUUCUGUUUAUUUUUCUCAUCAGUUGCGAUUCUUUCCUAAACAGAAACGCUCGGGUCUCUUAUCUAAGGGAAGCUGGAGAGACCUCCUCAGCUUGAACAGCUGGGUCGUACGCGACUACUACCGCCUUGUCGAUGCGGUCAACGAGCUUGAGACUCGCAUUUGCUGGCUUACGGAUGGAGAGGUAGUAAUUCUUUCUUGAUGCGUUCCACGUCAUUCGAAAGAACCGAAGAAGAUUUUAAGGCGCAGACAGUGUUAGCAAGGAUCUUUCUUGUAUCUUUGAUCAUUGUUUUUUUUGGCUGUGCCGUAGCUAACUUCAAAGACUGCUGAGUUCCGCCAUCGUUUAAGCAACGGGGAGACCCUUGCUGAUAUUCAAGCUGGUUGUUUCCCCAGUAACUCUGAUUUCUUUUUCCUGAAACCUAUUUCCUUUUCAUUUCAUGCACUAAUUCAUUUUCUUCAUCUCACAGAGGCAUUUGCUGUUGUCCGUGAAGCAGCAAGACGGAAGCUUGGGAUGAGACAUUUUGAUGUCCAGGUAACGUCAGUUUUGUGGAAUUCGAUAGAAAACAAAAGUUGGAAGAAGAUGGUUGAAAGGAACAGUCAAUGCACUUGUUCUUCUCACUUUUUAAUGUUUCCAUAUCACCAGAUCAUUGGUGGCGCAGUGCUUCACGACGGGUGCAUUGCAGAGAUGAAGACAGGAGAAGGGAAAACACUUGUUUCUACUUUAGCAGCUUAUCUCAAUGCACUCUCGGGGAAUGGUGUUCAUGGUAAACAAAUGUUUGGUGUUGCAGAUGCAAAUUUUGUGCAUAAUAUUUUUCUAAGGUAGCUAAAGUCAAGUUUGGGAUUCUGUUCGUAGACCUGUCUUGGUAUGUGAUAUUUUGUUUUAGAGCGUAGGAUAAUAGUCUACCAAAAGUGAUACGCUCUAUGAAUAAUAAGAUUUAGUGUUUCUUAACCUCUCAUCAAACCUUCUUCGACUCUCCUCACAACUACGCCCAUGUCAUAUCGAGGAUGAUGAUGCUCAGCUGGUUCUUUCCUAUCGCUCAAAUAUAAACAUUUAGUCACCAUACCAUCGAUACCAAAAACCACAGAUUUUCCGUUUACAGUGUUCAUCAAAGAUCUAGGGACAUUGAUGAUUCUAUGCUCAGCGAAAGGACCAAUAGGUUCCUUUAUAAUGCCACACCACAACCACUUCCCACUCGGGCAAGAUUUAGCUUCUUUAUUUUGCUAGAUGUAUGAGGAUUUUCUAAAAGCAAAUUUUUAACAGAAGUUAGAAAGUUUUGUCGGCUGAUGCUUGCUCCACAUUGUAUUGCUACAUUAUGCACGGCAUUCUCCUUGUUAGAUACAUUAUCAAAUGGACUGACUUAUCCUUUGGCUUCAUCCAUUCCAUAUCCUCUUCGAUUCUCUCACCAUUAGCUAAUAGUAUUUGAGAAAACUCGGAAAAAUGUUCAGGUCGUUGCAUUCAGUGUCCUGUUGGAUUUUAAACCAAAUAUUUUAUGAAGAUACUGUAAAAUUUUCGAAUUGUAAAUCAGGCCCUCUUUAUUGAGUCAAGGACAGUUUGUGCACCAGGGACAUUUUCGGAAUGAGUGUUUUUAUUGAUGCUGAACUCCGAGGGUGGAUCUAAUCUUAUCAUAAUAUGCACAUGUGAAUAUUCUCCCUUGUUCCACUUGGAGAACUGAUCUGUUGGUGACUAAAUGUGCUAUUAACUAAACCAUCUGAAUUCUCAUCACAAUUCUGACACAAAAAAGGUCAUCUGCAUCCCCUAUUCUCUUAUCUAGCCAGACAUUGAUUAGGGGGUCAAUCUUGUGCAGUGAGCCCCUUUCUUUCUUCAUGAUCAGAUGAUCGGAAUAUUUCCAAUUCAAGCAGCAGUCCAAUUAAUCUACUAACGCUUAUCUUGAGUGCUUUCCAAUUGAUUAUAGAUUAGUGAGCGUCACGUCUUAUGUAAAUUACACUCUCAAUAGUAGAAAGUUGAUAUUUUGAUGAGUCUACGUUCAAUUCAUAUUAGAUAUUUAAAUGAUCUAUGCUUUUUUAGAAGGUUAAAGUGAUCUAUUCUCGUUGUGCUGGCCGAUCUUUGAGUACAUGAAUUCCAUGAAUUCCCAGCUCAGUUUUUCAAGCCCGGCCUGAUCAUAUUCUUGACUAAAAUUGUUUGGACAGUGGUAACGGUAAACGAUUACUUGGCACAGCGUGAUGCUGAGUGGAUGGGCAGUGUUCAUCGUUUUCUGGGUCUUUCUGUCGGCCUUAUUCAGGUAUUCUUUCUCGCCGUAGUUGCUACAUAAUUAUCCUUGUUUCCCUUCGAGAGACUUAUGAUUUAAGCAGAUAGGGAUAGUCCUUUUGGAUUUAUCUUUUGCCGUGUCUGCAUUUUCAGAGGGGUAUGACAUCUGAAGAAAGGAGAUCCAAUUAUAAUUGUGACAUUACUUACACAAAUAACUCAGUAAGUAUCUGAUCUGCUUGUUUUUAACCUUCUAUCAUUAUUUUUUUUGCUGAAGAAAAUGUUAAACUGGGAGACAUGUUUUUUUGGUUGCUCAGUUGCUCCUUUUUUUUUGCAUGAUGAUUAUUUGGCAAUGUUCAUUAGGAAAUAUCUUCUCGCUCUUUCUUAUUGUCCGGUGUAGAGGUUUUUUUUUUUUUUCCUAUGCUUAGGUGUCAAUUUUUUCUUCAACGUGAUUUUAUUAAACAGAUUGUAACGUAUUUUAAUGUUAGAAAAUCAUUUUCAGGAGCUUGGCUUUGACUAUCUUAGGGACAAUCUUUCAGGGAGUAAAGAACAACUUGUUAUGAGAUGGUAUAUUUGGAAACAACUUUUAGUUUGGUGGUUUCAUUCUAUCUCUGGAUUUUUAACUUUGCUUUAAUGUAUUGUGCUUGUUACAGGCCAAAGCCAUUCCAUUUUGCAAUUGUUGAUGAAGUUGAUUCAGUUCUUAUCGAUGAAGGGCGGAAUCCGUUGCUUAUCAGUGGUGAGGUAUGUGUAUCAGCACCAUUCCUUUCUGGGUAAUCCAGGAUGGCUAAAGUGAAUUUUAAGGGAAAUAAAUUUUGUGCCAAAAAGAGUAUCCUGCCCAUAUUAGAAGGGCAGAAAUAUCCAACCUUGACUAUUGAGAUGCUCUAUUCUCAUGUAAAACUGCUAGCAGUGGAUGAGAGGAUACUGCAUUUCACCAGAAUUAAUGCUACUUACUGUCUUGUUAUUUUGUUGACAGAAUUAAUAACAUCUGUUGGCCAUUCGUAUUCUUCAACAUGAAAAUAGCGAGUGGUAGUCCACAUGACUUCUUUUUAGGGUGCCUUUCCACACUGAGUAGACUAAAAAUUUUGGUUGAGGACGGUGCCAUUUUAUAUAUUUUGUACAGUACUUGUUUCUUACCAAUUUGACUUGACGCCUGUACAUGUCUUAUGGCAUGGUCUAGUGAUUUUGAAUUGAAGAUUCCUUCACCUUUUUCCCCUGACUUUUUGGCCAGGCUAGCAAAGAUGCAGCGAGGUAUCCUGUUGCAGCAAAAGUUGCUGAGCUGCUUGUGCUAGGCAUUGUAAGUUCUGUCUAGUUGACUGGGUUUACAUUACAUCUAUGAUUGUGCCUUUGCUAUAUGGUAUACCCUUUCUAUUUUAGGGAUUCUAGAAUUUGCUGAAGGUAUAUGUUUACACCAUUACCAGACACGGGAAUUUUCUAAAUGUAUUUUGUUUCCAGCAUUACAACGUAGAACUCAAGGACAAUUCAGUGGAAUUGACUGAGGAAGGUGUUAGUCUUGCUGAGAUGGUACUCGAGACCAAUGACCUUUGGGAUGAAAAUGACCAUUGGGCCAGGUGAUUUCACAUUUUUAGGAUCGUACACUGCUUUUACUUUUCAUUUUAGGUAGUAUUUUUCUUCUUCUCAAAAUGUAAACUGAGCAGAGGGAUGUUCUUCUGCACAUAAUGUAAACUGCAGAUGAACUUAUUUUUCGUUUUCUGAUAAUGUUUAAUCUGGUACCAAAAUGUACUAUGUUUCUUUUCUGCCUGGCAUCCACUCCAACUGCUGUUAUUUCUUAUGCUUAUGCUUUCUUGGACUCUUCUCUUCUCUCAUGCUGCUCCAUCCUUUAUCUGAUGUUUACAUGUUGGUUAUGCGUCAAGUAUCAAUAACUAAUUUUGAUUUCUAGACACAUAAUUGCCCAGACAUAGCUCAUCCUAGCUUUGGUUCUGUUAAUCCUUAAAAAAUCAGCUAGUAAGUAAGUCAGUAUGAUGUGUUCCCGUCUGCAAUCAAACCCCGUAGGAAUCUCAUAUUUAUUUGGCAUGUUUCUGUUUGAUAUAUUUGACUUGGAGAUUCAUGACGUGUAGGUUCCAGUAUCUCAAAUUGGUUUACUCCUGUUUGCAUUAGGCUUGAGUUGUGAGGAGAGCAAUGGUGUAUUUCAUUCUUUUUUCUUCCCUAACUCUGUAACAUUCUUAUUGUUGGAAUUUUACAAAUUCUACUGUAUAGCUGAGGUUCCCCAUUCUUCACUCUUAUGAGGGAUCGUUGAAUAAAUCUAUUUACAUUGAGGUUGGUGCAUAUUCUUGCUUAGACAGACAUGUUAUUUGACGUUGAUGUUGUAGGUUUCUGAUGAAUGCCUUAAAGGCCAAGGAGUUCUACCGUCGGGACGUGCAAUAUAUUGUAAGGAAUGGAAAAGCACUUAUAGUUAAUGAGGUAACAAGAUUUGGAUCCUAUUACAGAAUUUUACUUUAUUUUAAUCCCUUUUCUGGCUUUCGUCAAGACCCUGGGCCUCCAUAUUGUUGAAUGUAUUAAGAGAAGCUUCUAUGUGAAAAAAUACAGUUGUGAAACAUGAUUUUGAGAGUGAAUUCCCAUGAAUCUAUUUAAGUCCAAGAUUUGGGCUAUAUGUUUUUGAAUCUAAUCAGGUCUAUCCUGACUAGGCUGACUUUGGGGAAUCUGGACAUGCCUUUCUUUAAGCAUAUGGCAAUCAAGGCAGGGAUUCUACUAUCUAUUCCCAAUUCUGGGAUCAUUUGGCAAAAAUUUAAUUUUCUGAAUUUUCGUUUUGCUUGUUGUGCAGCUGAUAUAUGAAAAGAGUUUUUAUGCAUCAGAAAUUAUUAAAACUGGUCGUUUAUCAAAUUAAAGUUUGUUUCUGUCAAUUAAAUUGUUCUAUCUGUAGAGGUUUUGAUUCAUUUAGGGAAGAUGAGAAAUUUUAAAAUAUAUUUUAUGAGAAUAUUGUGGAAUUAUGAAGAAGAGAAAUAGGUUAAAACUAAAUUCACUUGGCUUGUCUUUGUGACGAUAAACUUUGCAGUUCUGUUUUGGCGAAACUAUUUUAUAUUAAUGAGCUUUUGACUAUAUAUUAGAGUGCACACGCAUAAAUGAGUGUGUGAUGUGAGACUGGGUUAGAAUGAUGGUGAGAGUCUGCAAUGCAACUGUCGCCAUGUGUAAGAUUCAUAUGCACAUGCACGUAUGAGAGGAAUCGAAGUAUGUUGGGAGAAUGAUAUCCUAGCAGCAGGUGUCCGCAGGACCCACUACAUGUGAUACAGAGACUGUAUAUUUCUUCCUGCUUUUGUGUUCCGCAUUUCUUCUUAUUCUCUCUUUUCCCUUGAACAUCUUAUCAUCCUCUUAUCCCUCUGAAGGCAUUUUAUCUUUCCUUUCUAUUUGUUCAGUUCUCCUUCCCACCAUCUCAUUACCCAACCACUGUCAUGUUCUUCCCAUUGUUCCUUUUUUAUUUUGUUAUCUCAGAAGUGGAUUAUUGCAAAAUUGAAGUAAACGUGGAGCUAGAGAUCUAGGCAGUGUUGCUUGAGUAUAAUCAUCAGAUAUUUUUACCCUCCAUUUAUUGAUCAUCAUGUAUGCUGCAGCUUACAGGAAGAGUAGAGGAGAAAAGAAGAUGGUCUGAAGGUAUUCAUCAGGCAGUGGAAGCCAAAGAAGGCCUUAAAAUCCAGGUAAACACCCACAGGAGGGGGCUAAUAGAUUACAUUUUAUUUGUUUUAUUUAAAUAUUUUCCUGUUUCCAGUCCUGUGAUCAAUUCAAUUAUUUUCUCUUCAGGCUGAUUCGGUGGUUGUGGCACAAAUCACGUACCAGUCAUUAUUUAAGCUGUAUCCCAAACUUUCAGGAAUGACUGGGACUGCUAAGACAGAGGCACGUGUUACCCUUUCAAUUAGAGAAGGAAUACUAGCAAUGCCUGUGUAAGCAUAUCCAAAUUUAAUGUUUCAUUAUUUGUAUUCAGGAGAAAGAAUUUUUAAAGAUGUUCCACAUGCCAGUUGUUGAAGUCCCUACAAAUUUACCAAAUAUCCGACAAGACUUGCCUAUACAGGCUUUUGCAGUGAGAUAUCUGAUGAUCGCGUUUUUUUCAACUUGUAGUUUUUACUUUUUUUUCAAAAUGUUCAUUUUUAGCCAUGCUAUUAUGGUGUUGUAGACUGCAAAUGGAAAAUGGGAGCAUUGUCGUAAGGAAGUGGAAUUUAUGUUUAAUUCAGGACGGCCUGUCUUAGUUGGAACUACAAGGUAAUGCCGAACCAUACCUUAAAUGUCUACCAGAAAAAAUUACUGUCUACAGUGUCAUUUUACGCGUGAUCUUAAACUACAUGUUUGGAAGGUGCAGUUGAGCAUGAUCUUCGCUGUAAUGCUAUUUUUAAUAAAGACGUAGUUCAUGGCCAUGCUGCUGGUUCUUUAUUUUUCAUGUCGAGGCCAUAUUUGGAGAGGCUGUGUUAUUAUAUUCUGCCAUAGUCAUGGUCCUAGCUUUUGCAAUUGAAAGUAACUAUGAAUAGAUGAAUCAUGGUAAAUUCAAAAAAAACGAAGGUUUGUUUUUGAGGCAGCUUAUCCGCAAAAAAUAACAUCUGCGACAACUGGCUCUUCUGGAGUGGGAAAGGAGGGAGGAAUAGUUAAGAUGGAUUCUGAGGCUCUCUUCUGCAUUGUAUGACUUUUAGUUAAGAGGAAUAGUUAAGUGGGAAAAUAACGUCUGCUACAACUGGCUUUCCAGUUUUCACUAUUACCGUAGUAUGAACAUCUUCUGUGAUUUGUUGCUCUCCAUUAGUGCAUUGUAUAACUUUUAGUUGAGAUGUGGUUUUAUGGGCUAUAUUAUCUAAUAUAUUUCCAUUCGCCUGGAAGAUUACUGUGGGUGGUAUGCCAAGAUGAGAGAGGAUCUAGAGAGGAUGGACCUUAACGAAUCUCAGAGUCUCUUUAAAUAGAAUUUACAAUAUACAAAAGAUGUAAGUGAAUCUGUGCAAAAAAAGGCAACGACAGAAUAAAGUUGGGUCCUGACUAUAGGAUACAACUCUAUCUAAACAGGAAACUAAAAUAAGGAAAAAAAUAAUUGCUCAAUAUUGAGAAUAUUAAAUAUCCAUUAUACCCAUAUUGCAUGGGGUGUGCUUGCUAUGGUAAAUUCUUCAUUCCUCAGCAUAAGGUGGUUUUUUUUUUAGGGUCUGCAGCUUGCAUGGGUCCUCUCGCCUUUUUAAGUUUAUCCAUGGCUAGUCGUAGUCAGUUUUCUGAUUCUAAUGUUCCAUUGUGGAUGAGUUUCUUAUCAAAACUCGGAAGAGGCAUCAGCACUUGCCAAGUUGACAAAUUCAACUAUUAAGUGACUUAGGUGUCAAUUAGGCACCCCCCCCCUCAUGUUUUUCCUUCCUGAGAUGCAGUUUGUGUUGCACCAUUUUCUUUGAAUGAUCAUGUUUUGCUUUAUUUUGAGUCUUUUCUGUAGCUUUACACUGUCACAUGUCCUAUCACAGGAAGAUGUAGUAGUACACUGCAAUAGAGUAUUUGUAACUUAUGCCUAUGUACGCUACUUGUAUUUUUCAGGAUAAGCUUUUUUCCCGGAUAUGCAAGGCACAUCUUUGUAGGCUUCUCGUGAUCUGUCUUCAAAUACAUUUGUUGCAUGUUAUUUCUGUUUGAGCGAUUCAUGCUUUGCUUCUGCAUUUAAUGUGAGACAUUUCUACUGGCUAUAAACUUGUGAGAUGGAAAAGAUCCCUUUCACUCCGUGCUCUCAAUUUUCCAUGCAGGCAAACUUCUUUUAUUUUUUCAUUUAGUCUGUGUGGAUUCCUAUAUCUGAUACCUACCUAUGCUUACCUGCUUGAGAGCUAUCAAAAAAAUUUAUGUGCUGCAAAUUGGUUCUUGAUUUUUCUCAUUUCAAGUAUAUUAUUUAACUAAAAAUGAUUACCCAGUGCAGUGUUGAGAAUUCUGAACACUUGUCUGAUAUUCUGAAGAAACGAAAUAUUCCUCAUAAUGUUCUCAAUGCAAGGCCUAAGGUACUGACUAUCCUUUUUUCUUUACGUUAUUGUAUUUUUUCUGUAGUUCCUGUCUCUAAAUUAUAUUCCUGAUUGUUGUUCUCCUUUCCGUACUCUGUAGUACGCAGCAAGGGAAGCUGAGAUUAUUGCACAAGCUGGUUGUAAAUAUGCAAUUACAAUAUCCACCAAUAUGGCUGGUAGGGGCACCGAUAUAAUCCUCGGUGGAAACCCUAAAGUAUGUUCCACUUCUUAACUCUUUCUAUUUUUGUCUCAUAAUAAACGUUUGUAAUGAUGCCUUGCGAUACUGUCGAGACUUUAUUGAUAUCAUAUGCCAUAUCUCUAAGGGCAUGGAGAGUACACUCCAACACUGCUUGAGGGUAGUCUGAUAGAUGGACUGAAUAUCAGUGUGCAUGUUUAUUUCUCUUUAUAAAAAAUUUAUUAUUUACUACAUUGAGCAGAACAUUUUUGUUCUUGUCAUAGUAAUGCUAGGAUUCUUGUUUGCCUCUGUGUUUAGAUGCUUGCCAAAAAAAUUAUAAAUGAGAGUUUACUUCCAUUUUUGACAAAAGAAGCACCAAAUAUUGAAACUGAUGGGGAGCAGAUUUCUCGGACGGUAAGCAUCUGUUGUACUCUUUAAUGGAAAUGCUGCGUUUGUGUUGGGAUUAAUCCUUUGAGACAGGGUUUACCGAAGAUAACGAUUGGAGCUUUCUCCUCCGGUUUGCUGGGGAAAGCAGCACUGAUGGGUAAUAUUUUAUUUCUGCUUUUCUGUCGUCAAUUUGCAAAAACUUCUUAACUUGGGGCUUAAUUUCUUCUUACUUACUGUUGAAAAAACAGCAAAAUAUGUCAGCAAAAGCGAGGGAAAUGCGUGGACAUAUCAGAAGGCAGAAUCUUUGAUUUUGGAGUCAAUACAGUUGAGUCAAUCUAUUCAAAAGGAAGAACUAGAAAAGCUUUUCUCUGAAGAAUCAGAGAUCUAUCCACUCAGUCCUGCAAUAGCACUUGCAUAUCUAGCAGUGUUAGAAGAAUGUGAAGAGCAUUGUCUCGCUGAGGGGACUGAAGUGAAAAGGCUUGGUGGACUUCAUGUGAUUGGCACUUCUUUGCAUGAAUCUCGACGGAUUGAUAACCAGGUGAUUUUCUUUCCAUUAUGCAAAUCAACUUUAGUGUAGUUUUAGAGUUACUUUUUCUGUCAAUUAUUUUCUGUAAGUCAUCAAUAUGAUUUGAACCUCAUGCUAUCGUCUGAAGGACAUCAUUAAGCCAUUGGUCAAUAUCGAGUCGGUAACUUUAUGCGAAGUUAUAAUAUUUAAACUCUUAUGCAUGUAAUCGUGAUUGUGAUUUUUAGAUUACACAUGACAUCUUCAUCUUUUCUUAAGUCAAUGAUCGCAUGGUUUUUCACUGAUAGUUUGAUUUGCUGGCUUGAGACAGUUUGAAGUCAGCUUUUGAAAAUUACAAAUGCCUGCGUGGUAGCAGGAAGAAGUAAACCUCAUGGAAUUGCUAUACGGAGAUUGGAUUUAUCUUUGUACAGACUUUUUGGAAGCCCCAUUGUUUUCUGGAGGGUAGUUCCCAUAAUCUGGACUUUAAUGAUUUACAUGAUUAGAAACAGAAAUAUGAAUGAUUCUAUUCCUAUUCAGCCAAAGUAUGCUAGCUUUAAUAUCAUAACGGUUGGAUGAACUGGCUUGAGCAUUUUUCACGUCAGUUGGAUUAUGCAUUGUAGCUGAAUAAGCAUAAAAAAUUCCACUCUGAUGCCAAGAACAUGACUAUCCAAUGAAAGGCCUUUUCACCAAUUAGAUUUGGCAAUUUAUAGACAUUUCUGUUAGUCACUCUGUUGUUUAAUUGGCUGUUACUUGAUUGACAGUGAAGAUAUGGACGAUUUAAUAACUUUAUUAAACCAAUGGUUGGUAGUUUGGGAACAAUGACGGGAAGGCAUUUGUUUGCAAUUGAUAAACUGUUUGUUUAUUCUUCCGGAACAAUAGGCUACCACUAUUCACUAUAGAAUAAAUUGAUCUUCACGAGAUGACAGUUUUAUUUAAUAUCUCGAGUGAUGCACAACAACAUGAACUCCAUUGCAUGCGUUAUGAACGGAAUUGAAGUUUUCUGGCAUUCUAUGUUUUCAUUCUAUUUUGGAACAGUAGAUAACAAUGUGAUACAUUUCUUUUUUAACGAUUUCAUUACGAAAAUAAUAUUUUCAUCAUGUAACUACAAAUGAGGUACUCUGAGUGCCAUCAAAUAGCCCACGGGCCCAACUUUAAUGCUUCCAUCUAUCGAAGAAUGGUCAUAAUUUUGGUUUUCUUGUCAGAUUAUAAUUGUGCAAAUAAUGCAUUAAAAAAACUCAUAAUUGUUGUCGAAGAAAAACAUUUGCGUUUAUGCUCAUCUUAAAUGUGGAAUCGCCCUAACUAUGAUUUACUUAAAGGUUUAAAUGAUUCAUUGCCCUCAUAUAAGACCAUAUAAGAUUUCUUUUUCUCAAUUUUGAAAAAAGAUGUUUUGAUUAGUAAAGAUUGAGCACCAUCAGCAAUCAAUAUUCUAAGCAAAGUUCCACUGAACCGCAAAUCAAAUUUGUAGGUUAUAUGUGCUCGUUUUGCCAUGCAGGUAGGAGUGACAUUUAUACUAACCGCAGCUGAUCAUAUUACAACUCUAACAAGGGCAUGCAAUAGGUUUCUGAUUAAUGUUCUUUUUAAUUUUUUGUGUCAUAAUUGAUGUGAUUAUAGUUCUCUUUAAUGCUUAUGCUUAUCUAUGAUAUUCUUGUGGAUAUUAUGAUUUAUCUUUGAAAACACAUGUAUCACAGCUGCGUGGUCGGGCAGGUAGGCAAGGUGACCCUGGGUCAACAAGGUUCAUGGUUAGGUAUGAAAGCAUCGUUAAUUUUGCUAUAAUUAGUAACGGACAGUUAGAAUGAACAAUGAUCAUUUUAAUUGCGCGGAUCUUCUUCACAUUAUUAUGGUAUAGAUGCCUAUUAGUUUCCUUGGCAUAGUGGUGUCAUCUGUGGAUAUGAUGCAAUCCAUGAGCACUUUGAUCAGCUAAACAUUUGAAGAUUCACACCAACCAAAAGUAAUCAAAUGUUAACAUGAAUUUUCUUCUGUUUCUUUUCGCUACCAGCCACGUCUCUUCCACUUUUUCGUUUGUUGUGUGUUCAAAACUGGAAUCAAAUUGUGUCUACUAUUUCUUUAGUCAUCAUCAACCAUUAGAUAUAUGCAGAACAUGUUAAAUUAGCUUCUACUUACCUUGAUAUACCCAUUUUGGGCACAGUUUACAGGAUGAGAUGUUUCAGAAAUUCAAUUUUGAUACUGAAUGGGCUGUCAGAUUGAUAUCAAGGAUUACGAACAAUGAGGAUACUCCUAUCGAAGGAGAUACAAUUGUAAAACAGGUGAAGUUAUUUUGGAUCAUGCUCGUUUCAUGUUUAAAAAUCCGUUUCUUUUUUUUUUUCCUUUAUAUUGUGACAACCUUGCGUUUUCAAUUGUUUCUGAUGUUAAAUAAAAAUAUUUCAGCUCUUGGGUCUGCAAGUAAAUGCGGAGAAGUACUUUUUUAGCAUAAGAAAGAGCCUGGUGGAGUUUGACGAAGUUCUAGAGGUGCCAUUGUCUCUUUCCUUUUAUCCUCGUCAAUUUUGUCUGUGGCUACCUUAAAAUGACAUUUUUGUCUUGCCAUCACGCUAGAAAACAUAAUUAGCUUUUGUAUAGUUUAUUUGAAGGAAAUUACAUAAGGAUUAAAGCAUACUCAAAUACCACUGGCUGCUCAUGGAAGUCGAUUUAUUUUUGCUGUUUCUGUUUUUUUUUUUAAUUUGCACAUGUUUAACGUUAACCGUUCUCGAAUAUUUGGUGGGCUUUAUGGGGAACAAUCUGUUUGCCACACGCUAUAGAAAAUAUAAUUACCUCUUGUACAUUUGAUUUUAAGGAAAUUACGUGAAGUGAUUGAAGCAGCCUCAACUACCGGUUGCCCACGGAAUAAUUUUUUUUAAAUAUCUUUUUUAUUUUUACUUUGAACAUGUUUAACGGGAACAAUCUGUUUGUUGCUGAGCUGAAUAUGCAAUCGAUUAGGCCAAAAAUUAUGGAGGAUGUGUAACUUCUACGACCCUUGAAGAUGAUUUCGAGGAAGUUAGCUUAAAAUCAGUAAAAGUAUAGGAAAAUUUGAUGACGUAGAAAAGAUGAAGAAGGAAAAGGGAGUUAGAGAAGAAGAGAUGGUAUGUCACGGCAUCACACUCUUUGACCUUUAGUAUUGAGGGGAUUAUGGGUUAUGUUGAGAUCAUAUGGGCCAAUGCACAAUGUACCACCAGACAGCCCCAAAAGAGGCUCUUACAUUUCCUAAUUUGGAUGAUAUUGCAUGAAUACUGUUCGUGUUAUGGAUUUUACUUUUAUCUCUGCUAUCAGAUUGUUCCAAAAGCUAACAGACCGGUCGAAUGUGAAAAUAAAAAAUACAUGCCACUCAACUUUGUGAUCGUCAAAGAUUAUAAUGGUCAGUCAGGAUGUAGUCCAAGCGUAGCUGUUGUAACUGAGUGCAGUCUUCUGAAACACCUGCCAAAUUGGUCGUUCGAAUUGUACAUCGAUCAGCAUCUAAGGCAUGGGAUUGUCUCAGAUGUUGCAAUACUAGGUGUAUACCAUUCAUUGAUAUCUAUAAUGCUACUUUGAUUGUUACUUAAAAAUCAUUUUUCCGUCGUUUUGGGUAAGAUGCAUGAGCAUUCUUCUUGUUUAUCUUGUUCUUGGGAAAUAAUGCAGUUAAUGAUUCAUAUUGACAUUUUUUAACUUUUGAAAGGUAUUUUGGAUAAUUAGUAACUGUGAAGUCCAAAAUUUCGAAGGAGAGCAAACCAUUAUGUGACAUCAGUAGGUUGGGAAUUGAAAUAGCUGUCAUAAUUAACGGUUCACUUGACUUUUGUGUCUAAAAUAGUUGUACAUUGACAACGAAAUUAAUCUCAUGCUUUACAAACAAAAUUAUUAUUUUUUUCCAAAUUGAGCAGGUGCAAAGGAAGCAUGUGUACGAUCUUAGGCAAUUGAUAUUGACAGGCGAUUCGGAUAGCUGCUCUGAACAUGUAUUCCGGUAAGUCUUCUUUAGUUGACACUUGACCUUCUUUACAUGUGCUUCUCACUUGUUUUACUUGCUUAUAUUGCCCUUCAUUUAUAUCUAUUUUUUUUCACCUAAACCAGUCUAAUGGUUUUGAUAGAAAUAGAGAGUACACGAAGGAGAGAGAGGGGGAGAGACAAAGGUCUCGAUUAAAAACACUAAUUGAGAGACUCUGGUAUUUAUACCUGAGUCUCAAGGGACCCAGAUGGGCUGAUAGGGCCCAUACAUAUGAGCUGAUAUGGCCACGACCUAGAUGGGCCUACAAUAUUCAACAGCCCCCCUCAAGCUGAAGCAUAUAUGUCAUAUGCACCUAGCUGGUAAAUAGUAACCUAUGACCAUUUAGAGACUUGGUGAACAUGUUUGCAAGUUGAUCUGUAGAGCUAACGUUGAUUGUGGUGAUGAGUUGUGCCUGGAUCUUCUCUCUGAUGAAGGUACAAUCAACUUCAAUGUGUUUUGUCCUCUCAUGGAACACAUGAUUAGAAGAUAUGAAUUUCUGCCUGAUUAUCACAUUUGAGCUCCAUAGGACCUUCAUGAGGAAAACAAAGUUCUUCAAAAAGCUAUUUGAUCCAUAUAAGUUCACAUGUAGUAUGUGUCAUUAUCCUAUAUUCUGAUUCAGCACUUGACCGUGAAACCACAGAUUGUUUCUUACUUUUUCUCGAAAUAAGAUCUCAUGUCUAGACUGCAAUCAGCAUCUGAAAAACCCUGCACUGUGGGAUGACCAUCAUUCCUGUGUAAUAGUCAUUUGCAUGGAUUACCCUUGAAAUACCUCAAUAUCUGCAUGAUUGCAUUGAGAUACUUGGUGUGUAGUCGUUCCAUGAACUGACUCACCACACACUAGUAGCAAAAGAGAUAUUUGACCGAGUGAUAGUCAAAUCAUUUAAUGUACCGAGUAAAUAUUUGUACCUCCUUGGAUAGUCUAACAUGUUGCCUUCAUCAAAUGAUGACUUCAAGUUGGAGUCCAUAGGAGUGGUAGUUAGUCUUAUAGCUGACAUAUUCAUCUUUGCAAGAAGAUCAAGGACAUAUUUUUGUUGAUUGAUUGCAAUCCCCUCCUUGGAUCAAACAAUCUCAAUUUUGAGAAAGUAUUUGAGAUUAAUAAAAUUAUUGCCCUUAUAAGAACUCCUUGAGUUGAGAGAUACUUGUGUGAUCAUCUCCAGUGAUAAUGAUGUCAUCAACAUAUACAAUUAACAAAAUGGGACCAACAGAAGAAUGUCUAUAAAAGACAGAAUGAUUAACCCCACAUCUCUGAAGAUUAAAUUGCUAUGUAAUAUUGUUGAAUCGAUUAAACCAAGCCCAAGGAGAUUACUUCAGACCAUAGAGAGAUUUUUUGGGUGAUAAAUCAAGCUAGACUCCUCUUAAACAACAAAACUUGGUGGUUGCUCAUAUAAAUCUCCUUCUAUAAGUCACCAUGAAGGAACACAUUCUUGAUAUCUAACUAAUGUCGGGUUCGAGAUAACCAAACAGCUAAUACCAAGAAGAUCCAUACUGAAGUAAUUUUGGCAAGUGGAGAAAAUUUCUCAGCAUAAUAUUCACCAUAUACUUGUAUGAAGCUUUUGGCCAGCAAAUGAGCUUUUAAUCUGUCCACAGAGUCAUCUAGGCUAACUUUAAUAUUGAAUACUCAUUUACACAUAACAACGGAUCUAGCAAAUAGUCAUGAAACCUGAGGAGGCGCCAGAUGGGUGGCUAUGUCUGAUAUUGAGGAUGACGAUGAACUGGUGGAAGUGCCAGAGCAGCACCGAACAGGGUGAUGGUGGGCGGAGGACAGCUUGCUCCACAUCCAGGGUUUCUGCUGGAUGGAACCCCAGUCUGAUACCAUGAUAGAAUUUGACAGCACAUGAGCAAGAGAGAGGGAUAGAGAAUCAAAGGACUUGACUAAAAACCCAAAUUGAGAGACUCUGGCAUGUAUACCAGAGUCUCAAGGGAUCUAGAUGGGCCAAUAGGGCCCAUACCCACAUGGGCUGAUAUGGCCACAACCUGGAUUUUGGCCUACAAUAUUCAACUGGCUCCAACCCAUUUCAUUUUAUUUUCUUGCUAUGUAUCUGACUUAGGUCCCUUGUAUGGGUUACUAAUGAGAAAUAUGGGGUUCAGGUACAUGCAAGCAGUAGUUGACGAAAUUGUCUUUAAAAAUGUUGAUCCACGAAAGGUAUCUGGCAUUCUUCGCUAUUUUUCUACACUUCCUUUGCGACCAUUUCUGUUUAAUAAUUUUCUUUUGUAGCAUCCCAGUAAAUGGAAUUUGGGAGAUCUCCUGGAUGAAUUCAUUGGAAUUGCUGGAAGUAGACUGUCCGGUAAAUGCUUUUGUGCACAUUGGAAUUCUUUAGUAUGAUAUGCUCUUGUGUUCAUUGGAAUUCUUCUCUACACACCACAUUAUAGUUCAUUCUGCAUUUCUGGCUGACAAAACGGACUUGUAUAGACCUGUUUGCAGAGGUCACGGAAGAGGAUGUGUUAUCAUCGUUGGAGCAGAUAAAUGGAGUUCAGUCUAUCACAGCCGAUGCAUUCUCCAUUCCAUAUUUGCCAGCACCCCCUAAUUUAUUCCGGGGCAUUCGACGGAAAGCCUCUUCCCUCAAACGUUGGCUAAUCAUAUGCAGCGACGACACUUCAAGGUAAAACCUUUGAAUAUUUACUUUCUCAGCCUUGGGCCUGUUCAUUUAUGUGGAGCUCUUUGGUCCUUCGAUUGUAGGAAAGGUCGGUAUGGAGGUAGUCUAAAUCUUCUUCGGAAGUACCUUGGAGACUUUCUCAUCGCUACUUACUUGGAUGAUGUGCAAAAUUCUGGCUAUGACGAGGCGUAUGUUAGGGAAAUCGAGGUGAGUCAUGAAUUCCUCGAGUUUCUGCUGUGGUCUUCUUAAUAAGAAUGCUCCCAUCUUCCAACCCACACACUUUUUAUACGCCCAUCAACAUGGUCUGACCUUGUUAGAAUCAUUUCAUGCUCGUCUAAUUUCAUGGAACCUCAAAAUGGGCUUAAAUGCCGUCCCUGUUGUCUCUUCAGCCGUGUUGACUUUUCUUCAAGACUGACCUCCUCCUCGUUCUGCCCCAAUUAAUGGCUGAUAACUUACCUGUAAUUGAAGGGUUUUUUUUUUUUUUUUGGAUUCUUCUGUUUGCCAUCUAUAUUAUUUUUCAAGUAGUUUAAAGUCUAGGGUUAGGCCCUUAGCCUGUUACUCGAGGAGUCCAGCUGACGUUAACCUUCGUGGACUUCAGCGGACAGUGAUUGUAAAAGCUUUGGAUUCUUUCUGGAGGGAUCACUUGAUCAAUAUGAACAGGCUCAGUUCCGCGGUAACCUGCCCCCUCCCCUCUGUUCCUUUCUUCCCAAUGGAUGAUCACUGUUUUAUGUCGUGCGGGGAUACAACUUGAGCUACUUACUCGGCAGGUGAACGUCAGAAGCUUUGGACAUAGAAACCCCCUGGAGGAAUACAAGAUAGACGGAUGCAGGUUUUUUAUCUCAAUGCUCAGCGCCACCCGGAGGUUGACUGUUGAAUCCCUCUUGCAGUACUGGCAAUCCUCGUCCUCCCAAUCCUAA